AUGGGCUCUCCAAUGCAGAGGGCUGCCCUCCUCUCCCUGAGUCUGAUCCUGCUUCUCUGGAGCCAGAGGCCAGGAGUCCAGGGCCAAGAGUUCCAGUUUGGGUCCUGCCGAGUAGAAGGGGUAGUUCUCCAGGAACUGUGGGCGGCCUUCCGGGCUGUGAAGGACGUCGUGCAAGCUCAGGAUAACAUCACGGGCGUCCGGCUGCUGCGGAAGGAGGUCCUGCAGAACGUCUCGGACGCCGAAAGCUGUUACCUCAUCCAAGCCUUGCUGAAGUUCUACCUGGAUACCGUCUUCAAAAACUACCAUGGUAAGGCAGCUGAAUUCAGGAUCCUGAAGUCAUUCUCUACUCUGGCCAACAACUUUAUUGCCAUCACGUCAAGACUGCGACCCAGUCAGGAAAAUGAGAUGUUUUCCAUCAGUGAGAGUGCACGCAGGCGGUUUCUGCUGUUCCAGCGAGAAUUUAAACAGCUGGAUGUAGAAGCAGCUCUGACCAAAGCCUUUGGAGAAGUGGACAUUCUCCUGACCUGGAUGGAGAAAUUCUACCAGCCCUGA